AUGUAAAAAUUGAUCUUCUUAAAUAAUGAUUGGUCAAAAAUAUUAGGUAUGUCAAUUUAUUAAGGAUUGAAUCAAUCUGGUUGUAAUUAUUCCUUUAAAGUGGAAGGAAUAGACCCAAUAUUCUUAAAUAAUAUAUAAAUUGCAUUUAUGUUUUACUUACUUCUAUCAUCAUUUUUCUAAUAAACUCUAUGUUUUAUUGAUUCUUUUCUCUACUUGAUAAAAUAAACAAUACCUAUAACAGACAAACCCUUUAGUAUUUUUCAUAUUCAAAUAAAGAAAUAAAGCUGUUAAAGUUCAAUCAAAAUUUAACAAUAAAUGAGAGUAUCAAAUCCAUAUUUGAAAUAUAUUACUAAUCUUUUGAAGUAAAAUACAAUUAACCUCAUAAAAUAAUUUAAAUAAACUAUUUCUUUAUGUUUAUUAGAUAUUAGAGUAAAAAAUAGUUAGUUGUUAUUUUAAAUAUUCAUUUUUAUUUUUUUUAAGGAAAUUAUAGAAUAAACCUAGCAAAAAUCUUAAAAUUUUCCCUUAAUUAGCUAUUUGGCUUUAGUUAUCGUAUUCAAAUAACAAUUCCAAUAUCAUAGUAAAUUUGAAUCAGUUUUUUCCAAUAAUAAAAAUUGGUAUAUUAAUAUUUUAAUAGUACAAAAAAUAUGCUGUUUUCGUAUUAUAUAUAUCCUUUAAUAAAAAUGUUUUUUGUUCGGCUGUUUUAUAUCCCUUAAAAAAAUAGAUUUAUCUUUGCAACUAGAUGCCAAUUUAUUUCCAUCUAGAUAAAAGCAUACUGUAUGA